CGGCCGGCCAGCCAUCUGGCGGCGAUAGGUAUCGGGAAACAUGUUGCAGAAGCAGCGCCAGACUGAACGGACGACCCAGAAGGCCGCAGGCAGCACUGUCCUAACUACAUGGUCGAGCCAUUCCGAACGCGGAACAAAGCAAAGGCCUUGCUGAAUCGCUGUUCUGCCCCACCACCCCUCCCCCUCACCCGGCUCUUGCGAUCUCGAUGGCCCUCGAGCUUCCCCUCAUCUUCAUCAGCUGUCUUUUCUGCGGGGCUCACUCUGGCUCUCUCGCUCGACCGAACCGAUCGACUGCUGGUAAUCCGCCCCACUGGAUGGAGGCGGUUCUUGUCCUCGGCCUCGCCAAGGACAGUUCGGAGGGACGUAGAGUACCGUACUACGUCUCUCCACCACGAACCGGUUGCAAGCGUGGAUCCUGCAGGCCGCCGGUUUGCUAGACAUGGAGGACCGAUGCUGGUCAUUGAUAGGCGAUUUCGGGCGGCUCAUCCUCGGCACUUACCCGAGAAACCCGAAAGCCCUUCAAACCACGUAUCUGACGCGAACGUCCUCGAACGGAACUAACCACUCUAGCUCACGAUCAACUGCUAUUGCCUCCUUCCGCUCUAUCUAUCUAUCUCCAGGUAGGCAGGCAAGCAAGCAGUCAGGCAGGCAGACAGGCAGCUGGCUUGAAUACGCACAGCACAUCCAGCUGA